AAUGCCCAACAACAAAUCGCCGACUGGUGGAUUCUCUCUGUUAAACCUUGAAAAUCGUGUCUUUUGUUGUUUUCUGGUAUGGACCAGCGUCUUGGUUGGCAAAAUGCUAUUGAUGUCGAUGCUAACAGCAUUGCAACGCUUCCGUAAUAAGGUAUUCCCCAACCAAGAGGAUCUGUUCUUUAAAAAUAUAGAAGUUACAUUCAAUGAUCCACAUGUUGAAAGAGUACGAAGAGCCCAUCGCAAUGACAUGGAAAAUAUUCUACCCUAUUUCACAAUGGCUUUGCUGUAUAUUUGUACCAAUCCAAAUCCCACAAUUGCCUGUAAUUUAUUCCGUGUAGCAGCGGUGGCUCGUAUUAUACACACCUUGGUAUAUGCCUUCCGCCCCGUACCACAGCCAUCAAGAUUUUUGGCCUUCUUCACCAUGUAUUUAAUAACCAUUUAUAUGGCAUUAGUUGUUGGUAUUGAAAAUUUGAAAUAUCUUUAAA